AAAACUUACUAUGCUUUAACUUCACUCCUACUCAAAAAAUGCAUAAAACCUUUCCUAUAAACUUUUUCUACAAUGUCCUCAUCAUUCUGUUGUGCUUUGCAUUAAUUCACUCUCUUUCUUCUCACUAUUAAGCUUCUUCUUUCAUCCUCUUCCUCAUGAUCCUUUCAGGAAUAAUGAAGGUUCAUAGAGGAAAGUUUCCUCUUUCUGUCAUUGUCAUCACAAUUUGUGUUCUUGUCUUCAUUGCUGUUUUGUAUGCUGAGAGGCUCAGUUUUCUUUCUUCAAACUCUAUAUUCAAGUUCAAAACUUGUCCUAGAAAGACCACUAAACCAAAAACUACAGGUGAGAAGAAAGCUGAUGAGGAGAUUGUAAAUACAACAUGGAUUGAUGACAGGUUUGAUUUUGACUCAGAGGAAUGCAAUGUUGCAAAUGGAAAAUGGGUGUUUAAUCAAUCAAUAAAGCCAAUCUACACUGACAUAAGUUGUCCAUAUAUAGAUAGACAAUUUUCUUGUAUAAAGAAUGGUAGAACAGAUUCUGAUUAUCACCAUUGGGAGUGGCAGCCAGAAGAUUGUACCUUGCCAAGUUUCAAUCCAGAGUUAGCCCUCAAAAAGCUUCAAGGGAAAAGGCUACUUUUUGUUGGGGAUUCACUGCAAAGAAAUCAAUGGGAAUCUUUUGUCUGUUUGGUAGAAUGGGUCAUACCUGAACAGCAGAAAUCUAUGAAAAGAGGGACUAGUCAUUCAGUCUUCAAAGCCAAGGAAUACAAUGCUACUAUAGAAUUCUAUUGGGCCCCAUAUCUAGUAGAGUCCAACACUGACAUAAAUAUCAUUGGAGAUACAAAGAAAAGGAUUAUAAAAGUUGAUACUAUUACUGAAAGAGCCAAAAAUUGGACAGGAGUGGAUAUUCUUGUUUUCAAUACUUAUGUAUGGUGGAUGAGUGGUUCUAGGAUUAAAUCAUUAUGGGGUUCAUUUGCUAAUGGACAAGAAGGGUAUGAAGAAUUUGACACACCAGUUGCUUACAAGCUAGCUUUGAAGACUUGGGCUAAUUGGGUUGACUCAACUAUCAAUCCUAACAAAACAAGGGUCUUCUUCACAACAAUGUCACCUACACACACAAGAAGUCAAGAUUGGGGCAACAUGAAAGAUGAGAAAUGCUUCAAUGAGACAAAGCCAGUGAGAAAAAAGAAGCAUUGGGGAACUGGUUCAGAUAAACGCAUAAUGAGUGUGGUAGCAAAAGUUGUAAAGAAAAUGAAAGUUCCAGUGACAUUCAUCAACAUAACACAAAUAUCAGAGUAUAGAAUUGAUGGUCAUUCUGCAGUCUACACUGAAACUGGAGGAAAAUUGUUAACUGAUGAAGAAAGGACUAAUCCACAAAAUGCAGAUUGCAUACAUUGGUGUUUGCCUGGAAUUCCAGAUACAUGGAAUCAAAUAUUUUUGGCAAUGUUAUAACAAAAUAUAUGUUGCACAAAAAUCAUAUCAUAUUUUUUUAUUUUUCUCUUGUGACAUGAAGAUGUCCAUUAUUUUGUUUGUGUACAUUAAUCUACCAAUGUCAUUUGUGUGAUAUAAAUAUACAUACAUCUUGUCUUCAAUAUCUAUCUAUAUGGAGAUUACAGAAGACAAAACCACCAAGUUUCAAAAUUAA